GCAGCAUUGUUGUAAGCCAGUUGUGUGCCGGUCUCUGCCUCCGUGUUUCUCGGCACCGGACCACCCCGCUCCCCAGACGGACCGUCAACUGCAGUGCCUCGAACGUUGGGGCGUUUUUCUGGCUGCUCCUCCUCAGCUACACGGGCGCUGGUCACUGCCAAUGAUGCGCCAAAAACGCAGAGAUCGUCCUCUGAUCAUUGGAUGGAAAAACCUGGUGGAGGCAGGAGGUGUCGACUACCCAGCAUCAUGUAAAGAACUGGAAGGUGAUGCUGUGGGUGGUGGCGUCAUUGCUGACACUGGUGGAAGUGUUUUCUGUUGAUGACAAUAAGGAGGCUCAGUCAGACAUCCAGCGUGUCUUUAGCCAGCUGUGGUCUUCUGCUGAGGGUCUGGAACAGGACAGGAGCAUCCACACACCCUGGCCUCAAGCUGUUGAAGAGUGGUCACUGAUGCAGGAAGAUGAGGUCCACCAGAUUAGAUGGCAACGCUCCCCUCGUGACCCAAACUCGCCCAGAACAUCAAGGAGGAACCGCAAGAAGACCAAGAGUAGUCGCGACUGCCACUUGGAGAGGAAAGAGAUGCGGGUACGGGAUCUUGGCCUUGGCUAUGAUUCAGAUGAGAUCGUCCUCUUUAAGUACUGUGCUGGCACAUGCCACAGCUCCCGUAAGAACUAUGACCUUGCCCUCAAAGCUCUUAUAGACAACGGGAGCAUCUCAGAAAAGAAGGUCAGCAGUCACCCUUGCUGUCAUCCGACCCGCUAUGAGACUGUGUCAUUCAUGGACACCACGACUACUUGGCAGACGAUUCAGUGGCUAUCAGCAGCCAACUGUAGCUGUGUGGGCUGACUGCAAAGAUAAGUGUUUAUCUGCAGUGCACAAACACAAGAGUGUGUGUGAAAGAGCAGGAUGCACCAAGGUCUGGUCUCUACACUGGGGGAUGUAACUGCAGUGUUCAGUGCAGUGCCCAGGUCCUACCCUCCAUUAAGACUUGGCUGUUGUUAGUGGAGGUUCACACACCUUCAGAUAGAAGUCUGAUGCCAUCAGCAGGAUACCAGGUUGUCUGCCUCCAGCAAUAAUCAUAGGGGAGGAAGUCAUUACUGUUCCAGUCCAUAGUGGAUUUUCCUUCAUUCAACCACUGAAGGCUUUCCCUUGAGCAGCCAUGUUUGAGGUCUUCAGCUACUUAAGAGUUCAGAGUCGCUGAUGACAUUUCUAGUGUGCAACAUCACUACUUCACCAUAAUUAAGAAUAUUUCAUUAACAAGUCCUUUGUUAUUUUGACUGGAAGCUGAUGACUCCACCAGUAGUCUGUUUUUCAGCAGAUUGUUCCUGAUUAGUUAUCUAACAAAUAUGUCAGGUAUUCCUCAAGCAGAAGCUAACGUUUAAAGAGGAAGACUGCAUGCAGGCAUUUGUGGUUGAACAUUCAGACUCCAGUAAGUAUACAGACAGGGAAUAUUUUCUUUAUUUGUGUUAAAAAAUUAUCAAUUUGUGCCAGUUAAUUAACAGGCCGAAAAACACUGCCCUUCAUUAUCUCUUCAGCUUUAGGGUUUAUGAAAGAUAACAAUCAUAAUCCAAAAACAUAUCAACUCAUCUUAAUCCAAAACCUAAAUAAAUAAGUCAGCAGCUUAGUCAGAUUUGUUAUGGCAGCUUUUACAAUUCAAUUGAGUGAACAUGGAGGGCUGAAACAACCAAUCCAAAUACACUUUUUAUUUGAUGGUACAAAUUACCCACAUAUGUAUGUAAUAGACCCUAAAAUAUUGUCAGCCACAAACAGUUUCACACAGCAGUCAUUGUAUGAAGGUGCGCCAUUAGAAGAUACUGAGGCUUCCAGCUCCAGAGUGGAGGAGAUGGAUUGUCAAUCGCUGCAUUAAAACAACAUAAUGCUUAUCGAACCAUGCAUGAAAUAUUGAGAUGAGUUAAAAUGGGGAUAGUGCCUGCUAUAGCAAUGUCCCAGUACCAGUGAUAUUGAACAGAGUGGAGUGUAAACAAUAUAAAAACAUAACUAGAAGAUAAUAAGAAUUUGUGAAAACCUAGAGUUUAUAAUUACAAAUAUUAGCAAAUAUUUGGUCUAUAUCAGUCAGAAAGAUAAACAUGCUAAGCUCCCACCAUAUGAGGGCACAACUUUUAUUGGAAAAGAAGAAAGGAAUGCAACAGUCCAAUGACAACUAUAUCUGAAAUAUAUUGGCUACUUCAAAAAUGGCCAUUAAAUUAAAAUUAGAGUUAGAUUUAAAGAUGAAGAGUUGGUUGGUUUUAAUAUGGUUUGAAUUGUGAAUGAUCAGCUUCAAAUGUCUGCAUGUAAAUGAGACACAGUAACAUAUUGUUGUGUUAGCCUGCUGACAACUUGGCUAUCUAACAAGGCCAAAAGCCUGUAUUCAGGUCACAGUAAUCACUGUAUUCCUACUAAACAUAUCUACCUUA